CCUAUGUAAUUUCAAAGCAAAUUUUCCAGUUGACGUGUCUGUCAAAUUUCUUCAGUGCGGGCAUCAGCUAAUUAAUUUUCUUUAUAGUACAUUUUAUAAAUACAUAUAAUUGAUAUAUAUUUUCUGAAUUGUUUGGAAAUAUUGUCAUAAUGUAUAUUGUAGCUCUAAUAUACGCUGCGUUAGCGUUGUCUUUAAGUUCGACGACAUUGGGAGCGCGUACUGUACAAGAUUAUCUAGGACAAAGGGACAUUAGACGUUUGCACAAAGUAUUUAAUGAUGGCUUAAAAUUGAAUGACUUGCAAGCGGUUUACUACUCCUCUUUAAACAUUCAGAAUUUGGAUACGAAAGCAUCAGUGGAUUUAUGUUCCAAGCUGCAUUCGCUUUAUGAAGACUCGAAAUUAAAUUGUUAUGAAAAAGAUUUUUAUCUUAUUGGAUCAAGGAAAAAUCUGGGUUGCAAAGAAAAAUUAACUGAAGCCAUUUUAGGGAAAGUUUAUUCAUCCAUUAAGUCUAACCUUAGUUCAUCUCAAGAAAUAUAUUAUCGAGUUGCCAGUCAUAAGCUUUUGGGCGUUCAAAUUGAUGAACAAAAUUCUGCAAGAAUUGUAAAAAUACUCCAAGAAUUGUUGAAGAAAGAUGAUUCCAUCGUUAGUCUUGGGUAUGCAUUCCAUGUGGCCAGCGAAUUAGGAACUGGUGCAGCAUUCGUGGCAGAUCGUGUUGAAGAUGCCAUUGUGCAAGCGGAUGAAGUUGAUGGAAAGAUGUUACAAUUUGAGGGAGGUCUUAGCAUAACAGCGUUGGUUGUAAAUGGGAUAUUCCGAGUGACAAAUAUUUUCAAAAAACCAACGCCACUUGAUUCCGAGCAGGCUGUGAAAUUUGCUACUUACUUCCUUAAUCGACGAUCCGUACAAUCAACGAAGGGUGCACAUGUCCUAAUAGAAGCAUUGAAAACAUUAAGUGCUACUGGAAUAAGUACACCGAUUUGUAUUCAAAUGAUUGGAAAUGGACAACUACAGGCUGAUGAUCCAAUAUUAAAUGUCGGUAUUGUCGAUUUAUUAGGAAAUCCGGUAAUUCCUCCACCACAAAACGUAUAUGGAAAAAUACUUUUGAAAAAAGAUAACAGUGUACUUGCUGAAAAAGUUCAAUUUAUACCGAAAUCAUCAGAUAAAACUGUAUAUGCAGCACAACUUUCCAGUUAUAAACCAACUCGCGGUAUAUAUUUGGUCGAAAUCAGUGCAGACAAUACGUUCACACAAACUAUACUUUUCAAAGUUCUUGGCCGUGUAAAAGUUCAUUCUCUGGAAAUCGGUGUUGCUGAAUCUGACACAAGUUCAUCUAUAAAGAAACAAAGUGUUGCGUAUCCUCAACUUCUAGAUGGUACUUUAAAGGCAGAUAGUACUCAAAAAAUAUUGCUUAAAACAGUUCUCAUUGAUGAAGGCACAACAAAGGUCAUCACAGUUCACCAGGCCUUCGUACUUAUGUCUAAUUUGGAAACGAAUGAGGAAAUAAUUUUCGUCGCCGAACAAGAUAGUAAUAAAGCUUACAAAUUUGAUAUGGAUGUGGGAUCUCACGGAGCUGAGUUUAGAUACAAAUCAGGAAAUUAUAAACUUCAAUUAAUCAUCGGUGAUUCGUCAAUUUCAAACUCGUUCAAUUGGCAUGUGGCGAACGUUGUAUUGAAAUUUCCUCAAGAAUCAGUUUUAUUUUCAGAUAUAUCAAUGAAGUUGCCAAUACGUAAUACACUUCCAGAGAUAGAGCAUAUGUUUCGUCCACCCGAAAAACGUCCUCCGCGGUUUGUUUCUGAUGUUUUUACCGGUUUGUGUUUAACUCCACUGGUAUUAUUAUUAAUUUUUUGGGGAAAGUUGAACAUAAACUUGUCUAAUUUUACUUUUGAGCUAAGCACAAUAGGAUUUCACCUAGGAUUCGGUGGUAUACUUACACUAUUUGCUGUGUUUUGGGUAAAUUUGAAUAUGUUCCAAACUCUGCGUUUGCUUAUCCCAAUCGCAGUAUUUACCUUUAUAUGCGGCAACCGUCUUUUACGACGUAUACACGCUAUAAGGUUGGGAAAGUCUCCAUCAACAGUAUCAAGUACUGCGUCAACCUAAAGCCUUUACUAAUGGAAUAUCAACGGAAGGUGUAUUCUCUUCGUUCCAUUUGUCAAUAUAUAAUUUGAUGUAAUUUUUAAUUGAGGAACUAAAUAAAGAAACGAAAAUAAGAGUUAUUUCAGAUGACGUCAAAA